CAUAAUUUAUGCGUUGUGCCUACAACCUGCUGUCCAGCAUAAUAGGGAAGCUGGCGCCGAACAGAUUUUUAUCAGCUACGUCGUAGACGUAAUUAGAGAAUAUGAACCUCGUGAGGAAAAUCAUUUCACUCACUUUGACGUGGAUAUGCAGCAUGCUGUUUCUGUAGGAGUAGCACCGAAGGUUACGAGGUUGCAAUAUGUCGGCUCUUAUGGAACCUUACAUGGAGGAGUACUCAUACGACAUGGACAUAGAGUUGCAGCUUUCUUUCCAACUUCAGUCCUUAGAUGAUGCGGCAAUGGAGUUUGUGCGAUGCCGACAAAAUACGGUCAAAGUCCUCCGAGACUUGGUGGCCUAUCUCACCGAACAUCACACAAAUGCACAGGUAGCCAAGAUUGUGGGAAGUACAGUGGGCCUCAUAGGCUCUGCGUUAACUAUCGGUGGUUUUAUCGCUGCAUUUUUCACCUUCGGGGCCUCCCUUGCCGUCUCAGCCGUCGGUGCAGGCAUCGGUGCCGCUGGGGGUCUGACCACCGUUGGGGGCGUGGCAACAGAAGCUAUCACCUCCAGAAUUACUGAACAAGGAGUUAAGAAAGCUCUGGAAGAUGACAACGCCGCGUACCAGAAAUUCCUUGAGGCCAUGGGUAGACUGAAGUCAACAUGGGAAGGCAUGAGAGCCACUGUCAUGGGCGUGAGAUCGGCGACAGUGGUUGGCCACGGGCUGGGGGUAGUUGGAGGGAUAGCAGAGGCCGGAGCCCAGGCGGCGAGUGUCGGUAGAGCUGCCGGACAAGCGGCCUUCAAGACGGCCUCGGCCGCCGGAAGGGGUCUGGCAAUCACUGGCAUUGUCUUUAGCGUGGUUGCCAUCCCCAUUGACCUGUACACACUGAUAACAUCGGCCGAGAAAAUCGGCAAAAAGACGGCGCCUGAGCUGGCCAAGGAAAUCAGCAAGAUUGUGGAGGAGUUGCCGUGCCCCUCUGAGGAUGAGAUGAAAGAAUGUGUCUUCAAGUUGAGGACUGAGUACUGUGCGGACACAGAAGAGUAACUCAAUGGCAAAAUCAUCAACUGUCUUGAAACAGCACGUGCAUGACUUAGACCUGUAUAAAAAUCACACUGUGCUUCUUUUUUCCUAACUCCACACGCACGAUUAGGUGAAACCAUAUAGGAGUGAAGAAUAUAAGAUUAAGGUGCAAGUCAGAAUGAACUGUAGUUACUGGUCACUGUUAUAUUCACGGGUGGGGGGGGGGGGAGGAGGCCCCGCCGGGAAAAAUGAAAAAUACAGGAGGAAAAGAAAUGGUUAAAACCAACAAAAAGUUUGCCUGUGAUCGAAUAUGCGUGCCCUCGUCAAAUCCUGACAAUGCGCAUGACUCGAUAUAUGAGCUAUAAUUUAGAAAGUAAGUUUAAAAGUUCUUAAUUAACGCUUAAAGGUUGUGCAUCUUAAGAUUAGUUGCACGAUUACGAAGCAAUAAUUAAAUGAAAUUCUUUUUAUUAGGAUCGUCCUAAGAGGAUAAGCUUGUGUACAUGUUUCAGAUAAAAUUAAAUGUAAUCCACCAUGA